UUAACAAUGGAGACAAGAUCUGUGAAAAGGAGGAAGAAGAAGAAAGAAGAAGAACCAAAUUGGUUUUGUGUAGAAGAGAUUAUCAAAGUAGACAGAAUCAGUAACCUCCCUGAUUCUCUUCUUCAUCAGAUUCUUCUCUUACUCCCUCUAAAAUCAGCAGCUAAAACGAGCUCACUCUCGAAAAGAUGGAGAUCUCUCUUUCUCUCAUUGCCUGAUCUCGAUUUCACCUCCAUUAAUGACUGCAAAUCUUUCUCUUCUAGCUCCAUUUACCAACUGCUUUCUCUUCGUCAUCACCGUGAUACCAACAAUCUCAGAUCACUUCGUUUUCGCGCUCCAAUCACCUUCACAAGUCUCAAUUCAUUGAUCCGUUUAGCUGUUACUCAUCAGGUUCAAGAACUUGACAUUGAAGUCACUACCAAUGACUACUUUAACUUCCCUCGUUGGAUUGUAACAUCACAAAGUUUAAGAGCUUUGAAGCUUAAAUCAUCUUACCCUGGUUUUAGAUUACCUCCUUCAUCAUCAAUCCUUGGAGGUUUCCAAAAACUUACUUCACUCUCUUUAUCUCUUGUGAUUCUAUACAACCAGCCUUAUCUCCCAGAUUUCUUCACCGAUCCAAACUUUCCUCUUCUAGAGAAACUAGCCCUAGAAAAUUGCUUUGGAGUCAAGGAACUCAAGGUUAAUUGCCGUCUUCUCCAAGAGUUUACUUUGAAGAACUCUUUACAGCUUGAUUGCUUAGAGGUUUCUGGAAAUAAGCUUCAGAGACUGAAGGUUGUGAGUUGCUUCCAUUCGUUCUCAGAAGAAAGCUAUGUGAAGAUUAACACACCGAAUCUCAAAUCUUUCCUCUGGAACUCAAACGCAGAGUCUACAACUGUUCAUUUCUUGGACAAGUUAGUUUGUUUGAGAAAAGCUUUCGUUGGAAUGCUUUUGCUUCAUCAAGAUAUCAAUUCCCAGAUCACACAGAGCUUGUUUACUCUCUUGUCAGGUCUCUGUCAUUCCUAUAAACUACAACUUGGGAACCAAUCCGUAGAGAUUUUGUCUAGCAAGAAUGGAUUAGUAAGGCAUCAUCUUCAACCGUUUCACAACAUGAAAUUCUUGGAACUGCAAACACGUUUCGACAGACACAAUGUUCGAGCCCUGUCAUGUCUGUUCAAGAGCUGUCCAAUGCUUAACAGACUUCUUCUCAAAAUCAUUAAUGAUGAAACAAGUAAAAGAAGGCAAUGGAAUAAAGACUUGUGGGAUAUGUCUAAUUCAGAAAUUCAGUACUGGGAAUCUCAAACCUAUGAAGUGGAAUCUUUCCUGAACAACUUGGAAUUUGUGGAGAUUCAUGGAUUUUUAGAGUGCGAGAACGAAAUGAGCUUCGCAAUCUUUCUGCUGAGACAUGCAAAGGCUUUGAUCAAGAUGACUCUAAGAUCUAGUUUCCUCUGUAGAGACUCUCUCCGGAGACAAAUGAUAAGAUCACAGUUAAUGGGAUUUUCCAUGGCUUCUUCCAAAGCCAAAAUCUCAUUCCAUUGA